CACAGUACGCCCUCAUUGAUAUUAUCAUGUCUGCUAUGGAGUCAAAGGAAAAAUCUUAUUCAAGUGAAACAGAAUCUCCUUCAAAGGAACCUACAAUUGCAGGCUCGCACUUUGAUGACGAGAAGGCUGUCAACAAUGAAGAGGUUGUAAGCCCGUCAACGGCAGAGGCACCAGUGGCAUCCCCACCAUCAAGCACACCACCAAGACCAACUGGAUUUCGAUUUGCUUUGAUCUUUGUUGGGUAUGUUUGUGAGGAUAACAUAACUAAAUGCGUUGCAUACAUGAUACACUAACUCUGGGAUGUUGUCUUUAGUCUCAUGCUCGCUGUUCUUCUGGCUGCUUUGGAUCAAACAAUUGUCGCUACUGCUUUACCGAAGAUUUCUUCAGAGUUCAAUGCUUCAGAUCAAAUCGGCUGGGUCGGCAUCUCAUAUAUGUUAACUUGCACCAUCGGAAUGCCACUAUAUGGACGAUUUGCUGACAUUUUUGGUCGCAAACCCGUAUUCCUAUUUGCUAUCGUUACGUUCCUUGUUGGUUCCAUUAUAUCAGGUGCUUCUCAAAACAUGAACAUGCUUAUUGCUUUUAGAGCCAUUCAAGGGCUUGGAGGUGGUGGUAUUCUGAGUAUGGUCAUGAUCAUCAUCGCAGAUUUAGUGCCUUUACGCGAUCGUGGCAAAUAUCAAGGCUUGAUCGGAGCUAGCUUCGGUAUCGCUUCUGUUGUUGGACCUCUGCUUGGUGGCGCAUUUACCGAUCACGCUAGUUGGAGAUGGUGCUUUUAUAUCAACGUCCCAAUUGGUGCUAUUACUCUUGCUGUAGUGAUCCUUUUCCUCCAUCUCCCAUAUCCUGAAGGAUCCAUUCGACAGAAGCUCAAGUCGAUCGACUAUAUCGGUAGCUUCUUUUUGAUCGCAUUUACAGUUUGCUUGUUGCUACCUUUGCAAUGGGGUGGCAAUCAGUAUGCCUGGAACUCUCCAAUUGUCAUUGCUCUUUUCUGUGUCGGUGGUGCACUGAUGUUUAUUUUCAUCGGCGUGGAAAUAUGGCAAGCCAAGUCACCUAUUAUUCCAGGCCAUCUGUUCAGACAACGAACUCCACUUGCUAUUUUUGUUACCCAGUUCUUCUUUGGUGCCUGUUUCUUUGGUGGUGCAAUCUACUAUACUCCAAUUUACUUCCAAGUUGUUCGUGGUGACAGCGCAACUACUAGCGGUCUCGAACUACUCCCUCUCAUGUUCGGUGUUGUCUUCUGUAGCAUUAUGUCCGGAUUUCUCUGCAGUAAAUUUGGACAUGUGCGUGAGUUCAUCUGGAUAGGAACUUCUCUAAUUCUGAUCGGAGGUGGGCUUCUUACGACGUGGUCAGUCGAUUCUAACCGUGGCAUGCAAAUUGGCUACCUCUUGAUUCUGGGUUGUGGAUGUGGUCUGUGCGUGCAAACAUUGAUUAUUGCUGCUCAAAGUUCGGUUGGAGGGCAAGAUAUUGCCAUGAUCACAUCCCUUGGUAACUUCUUCAGAAUGGUUGGCGCCUCAUUCGGCAUUGCUGUCUUUGGAACCGUUUUCAACAACAUUUUGGCAGUAAAUCUCUCCGGUUUGACUCUCCCUUUCUCUGUCGAAGUAGCUGAACAUAGCUUUGCAUUGGUGAAAGAUCUCCCCGAACCAUUGCAAACUCAAGUUAAAGACGCUUAUUGUGCAGCAUUGGACAGAUUGUUCUUCCUGAUUUUGCCAUUCGGAGCGGUUGCUCUUAUUGCAAGCUUGUUCAUCCAACAUUUUGAACUCCAAGGGGCUCCCCGCCCAGCACCCAAAGAGAAGACUGUCGAAGAGGUACCUGCUGUGACUAAGGGACAAGUAGAGACUAUGGUUUGAAUAUGAGAAAUUGAAAAGCAUCCCUUUUCCCUACUCUAGAUAACGUAAAAAAAUGACAGCAAUCUGUCUAUAGCUUACUUUUGUAAACUGUAAAUUUUUAACAUAUUAGUAUACCUGUAUAAUACAUUAUAUAACCCCACAAAUUCAGACCAUAAAUAGGCGGCGAUGUUCAUAUUGAACCAUGGCGCUACAUGAGUCCACAGUCGAUUGGCUUUUGAAGUUUAUUUUGUCUAAUUUGACAAUCGAGCAGAGAGGAGCAGAGGAUACUUCAGGAAAUAUUAAGAAAAGGCUGUGAUUGGGAUCACAACACUAAUGAUCUCAUGGAACAGAUUCUCGUGCAUUAU